AUGGAGCCAUCCGAUGAAGAAAUUGCUGGUGUUUUCAAAGAUUUCAACAACACCGGGAAUGAUGGAGAAGCUGAGAAGCAGCUGAUGACCGUUGUUUACAGUCUGCUGGCGUUGUUCGGUCUCUUGGCGAAUCUGCUCUUUUGUUUGGUGAUCUGGAGAAAUGAGAAAUUGCACACAGUGACGCAUGUUCUGAUGAUGAAUCUCGCUUUAUCAAAUCUCCUCUUUCUUUGCUUCCAUCCCUCGUACAUCAUCACCACAUAUCUCUUGCAAAGAAGCUUUGUCUUUGGCACUUUUGUCUGUAAGACUUCCUUUUCGAUCGCUUACGUUACAUCGACAGCCUCUUUCUAUAUGAUGAGCCUCGUAGCGAUUGAUCGAUGGCUGGCGAUUUUCAAGAGAAAAUACCGGCUCACUCGCUCGAACAGUAUUUGUUUGGUGGUUUUCGCGUGGGCGAUCUCUUUUGUCGUCGCUGCUCCGUACAUGUACUCGGCAAGGGUCAAAGACUUCAAUUCGGUCAAUGAAAUCAUCCAAAAUCAUCAAGAGAAACGACCGAAAUUCAUCGAAGACAUUAAAAAGGAUGACAUCUUAUAUGAUGAACAAGUUUUCGAGAAUCUAUCAAAGAUUUUGGAUAAUAUCAAAUUGAGUAGCAAAGAUGACUCGGAUUUGCCUGAUAUUGCAAUCAUGAACACGACUCGAUACCGAUGCACAUCAGAUACAGCCAGUAAUACAGUGUUGAUUUGGACUGUCGUCCUUCAAUAUGUUGUUCCGUUGUUGAUCAUGAUCCCGACUUAUGGACAUUUGGCUUUAUUUGUGUGGAAACGAGCGCCAAUCGGUGUACAAUCGCGAGAGAAACGCGAAAGGGCGCAUCGAAGAAGAAGGAAACUGCUCGUCACUUUGCUCUCAAUUGUGCUAUUCCUUGUUGUCUGCUGGUUACCGCUAUUCUUCGUAAACAUUUUGAUGAGCUGGAAAAUGAUUCACAUCACCACGUAUACUCGUGCCUAUAUCUAUUGCUCGAUCGUGACAUUAGCCGGUGUCCUAGUGACACCGAUUUUCUAUCUAAUCAAUGACGGUUGCAGAGAACAGGUGAUGCGAUUGUUCUGUUGUCGGACGGUGCCCGCUUCGGAAAGAGAACGACAAGCUCUCAUGACAACAAAUCCGUAUCCAGACCGUAUAUCCGAGGCUCAUUGGUUGAUCCAUCGGGGUGAUCCCGAGGCACAAACAGGCACAACAAAUCUCUUCAUUUCCCUCUCCGCAUGUGGAUCGCCUGAGGACAGAAGAAAGGACAACUACACACCCCAAGAGAGUCUA